CUCUCCUCUCCGAUAAAUAUAAUACAGCUUAGCAAUAUAUUAAGAAUUAGAGAAGCACAAAGAGUGAAGAGGCUACUUCUUUCUCAAGUUAAAAACCACCUUGGUUCGUUUUCUUCAGAGUUGGACAUUCUCUAUUUUCAAAAGUGCGAAGAUGAGCGACGCGGAAGAGGCAACACGACGCCGUAAUGCGGUGGCCGAGUACCGCAAGAAACUCCUUCAGCACAAGGAACUCGAAUCCCGAGUCCGAUCUGUGAGGGAGAAUUUGCGAGCUUCGAAGAAGGAGUUCAAUAAAACAGAAGAUGACUUGAAGUCGCUUCAAAGUGUUGGGCAGAUCAUUGGAGAAGUUCUCAGGCCCCUCGACAAUGAACGCUUGAUUGUUAAAGCGAGCAGUGGGCCCAGGUAUGUUGUUGGCUGCCGUAGUAAAGUGGACAAGGAAAAACUUACUGCUGGAACAAGAGUGGUUCUUGAUAUGACAACACUCACUAUCAUGCGGGCUCUUCCUCGUGAAGUCGAUCCAGUUGUUUAUAACAUGCUGCAUGAAGAUCCUGGUAAUGUUAGCUACUCUGCUGUAGGUGGUUUAUCUGAUCAGAUCAGAGAAUUGAGAGAAUCUAUUGAGCUACCCCUCAUGAAUCCUGAGCUCUUCAUUAGAGUUGGAAUCAAACCUCCUAAGGGUGUUCUUCUUUAUGGACCUCCUGGUACUGGCAAGACAUUGUUAGCUAGAGCUAUUGCAAGUAACAUAGAUGCAAACUUCUUAAAGGUUGUUUCAAGUGCCAUAAUUGAUAAAUACAUUGGGGAAAGUGCACGGUUGAUACGAGAAAUGUUUGGAUAUGCACGCGAUCACCAGCCCUGCAUCAUUUUUAUGGAUGAGAUUGAUGCCAUUGGUGGGCGCCGUUUCAGUGAGGGGACAAGUGCUGACCGUGAAAUUCAAAGAACACUGAUGGAGUUACUUAAUCAGCUUGAUGGAUUUGAUCAGCUUGGAAAGGUCAAAAUGAUAAUGGCAACAAACCGUCCUGAUGUUCUUGAUCCUGCACUUCUUCGGCCGGGGCGGCUGGACAGAAAAAUUGAGAUCCCAUUGCCAAAUGAGCAAUCGAGGAUGGAAAUCCUCAAGAUUCAUGCUGCUGGAAUUGCCAAACACGGUGAAAUUGACCAUGAAGCUGUUGUAAAGCUUGCAGAGGGAUUUAAUGUGGCUGAUCUUCGAAAUGUUUGCACUGAGGCUGGAAUGUCAGCAAUCCGCGCAGAACGGGAUUAUGUCAUCCAUGAAGAUUUCAUGAAGGCUGUGCGGAAGCUGAAUGAAGCAAAGAAGCUUGAAUCUAGUGCCCACUACAGUGCUGAUUUUGGAAAAGACUAGCAUUGUGUCAUUUCCCUUUCAGAGCCAUGGAUGUUUGGGCAGUGCAUCUUGUUCCAUCUGUCUGGAAAUGUGCUACCUACUGCAUAAUUGGACAUUCCAGACAUUUGUGCCUUUACCAGUCUGGUAUAUGGGAUUUAGCUUGUAUCCAUCUAAACAAGGAAAUGAUCAACCUACUCAAAAUGUCAUGACAGUGUUUUCUUUAUUUAUUUUAUUGCUAAUUUUGCGCUUGAAAGGAAGAACAUUGUGCUUUAUUUUCUUAGAGUCAUGUUUUUGAAUCUCCAACCAAUUGUUGUGCAGAAUAUCAGCUACAACUAUGCAGUGAAAAUGGAUUAUUCAUAAUGGCUUUAUUUCA